CCUUCCAAUCUUCCUCCCUUCCGCCGCAGUUGCCCAGCCGCCGCCGUCUCGCAGCCUCCCACAUCGCCCGUCCUCCUCCUCCCCACACCCCCACGGCCCACGGCCCCAAGCCCUCAACUGCCUGCCGCGCUGCCGUCUCGCAGUCCUCCGCCGCCCGACGCCAUCUCGCAGCCCCCGCAUCGCCCAUCGUCGCGCAGCCUCGCAGCUGCUCGCCGCGGCCAUCUCGCCACGGCCAAUUCCAGCAUCCCAAGUGGAAAUUCCUCGCUCUCCAAACCCGUUCCUCUGUUCCGUCUGGCUCGCGUCCUGGCGUCGAUGCCCACGGCCUUCCCCAUUCCGCCCAAUUAACACAAAGGAAGCGCUCAAUUCCACAUCGAUCCGACGAUUUAGGGUUUCCCUCGCUCGCCGCCGAUGAAGGGCGGCCGCCUUCGCCGUCCGGAGCCGCCGCAGGCUCAUCUCGCCACGGCGGCGGCGGCGGCGACCCCAGCCCCAGCCCCCAAUCCCGCCGAUGACUGGGUCGACGGCUCGUGGACGGUGGACUGCUCCUGCGGCGUCACGUUCGACGACGGCGAGGAGAUGGUCAGCUGCGACGAGUGCAGCGUGUGGGUGCAUACGCGGUGCGCACGCUACGUCCGCGGCGUCCACACCUCCUUCUCGUGCCAUAGGUGCCGGAGGUCCAAGCAAGCCCCUUCCUCCGCCGACGAGGCCGAGGUCGCCGAGCUCCUCGCUGAGCUGCCCACCCACCGCCCACCCCCGCUGUACCGCCGCUGGGCCGAGGUCCCACUCCCCGCCCGCGUCCACGUCCACGGGCUCCCAGGCGGGGGCGAUGCUGCCCUGUUCCGGGGCGCCCCGGCCUUUUCUGCCGCCAUGUGGCGCUGCACCGGCUACGUUCCGAAGAGAUUUGGCUUCCGCUACUGUGAGUUCCCCUCCUGGGCUGACGAAAACGGCGGCGCUGAUGCUCUGUUUGCAAUGGCUAGAGAGAAGCCCAGGGAGAUGGCUGAUUCUGUUCCGAUAGGUAUUGAACCAAAGAAGGAGAAGCAUUACGUCCGAAGCCUAAGCUGUCGUGGCAAGAAGAUUGACGGCGAUCAGCAAUCAGUGCCUCCUCUGACCGAGGCUAAGAAGAGAGAGCCUGCUAGUUGGAAGGAUGGUUGUCAGCAGAGUGAGGCCUGUGCCAUUCGAGAUGCCACUCGUGAGGAUCGUUAUGCUGAAAUAAAUAUGGCCAGUUCUGAUUUACAAACCAUUAAAACCAAGAAGAAGAUGGAGAAAGCCUUGGAGUUAAGUGGAGAGAAGAAAAGCUCUGAGCAAGUUCCUGGGAUCCUGAGCAAGGAUGACAAAAAGGUGCCGUUGAAGUUGGAACUUUUAUCUGGAGUUAGAGCUACAUCAUCUGUUGUGGAACAAGAAGUGCACUCAGGAUUUGUUGGGGUAGAGGUUACUGUGCAUAAGCAACAAUCAGAAGGGGAUCACAAUGCGGGCUUAAGAUCUGGCAUAACAAGUUCAGGUGCCAUCAAAAUGCAAGACAUGCAGGACCUUCAGAAGCAAUCAAACCAAACUUCAAAUAUGCAGGAUGUUGCUGGUGCACCAGAUUUACAGAUUGGUCAGUCAAAGUCACAGAUCAUGAAAGCUGAGCCUAGUUCCCUGGAAAAUGAGACAGCUAAGUGUAUCCAGUUGGUAAGUGAUGACCAUGAAAGCAAUAAACAAGGUCUAGGGGACACUGCAGGUUUCCCAAUUGUCCAAAGAGAUUCAUCCAAAUUAAAAUAUGAUUCAGUAUGUCGUGAACAUCCAAAAUCUGAAACACAGCACACAGUUGUUGAGCAUCCUAGCUCAACUUUGGGUUCUGCAAAAGUUUGUGCAUCUAAAGAACCAUCAUCAGCAGGGAACAGUGAUCAUUCAAAGAAAGAGGAAUUUGUUGCACCAACUGACAGCAAACAUGAUUCUGCAAAAUUUUCUGAAGAUAGUUCCCAGGAGGUGGGAAGGUGCUCUGAGAAAGUUCAACUGAAAGGCUCACUGCCUUCUGCACCAAAAUCAUCUCAAGCUAGUAGAAUACAUGUGUCUACAGUCAAACCUAGAUUACCAGUAUCAAAGGAGCAAUCGCAGAAGAUAGCCAUCACUGAAGGCACCUCAGCAAGAUCAUUCCAUGGAGAAGUACCACCACUGCAAUCUCGUAACAAGCCAGUAGCUUCUAGUUCUUCCCAGAAAAAGGACAAGAUCCACCACCGCAUUAUUAAUGUCACACAAGAGACCUCCAAUAACUCAGCAUCAACUGAGCUGCGACCAUCUGAUUUGACUGCUCCAUUGAGUGAUGAACAGCUUGCAUUGUUGUUGCAUCAACAAUUAAACAGCUCCCCCAGAGUACCGAGGGUGCCACGUUGCCAUCAAGCAGCUGGUACGCAGAUGCUUCAUCCAACUGGAGCUACUGUUUUUUCUAAGCGCUCUUCAGCACAUGGAGGAAGGGAUCAUGCAGCGGUUUUAAAAAAGAGAAACAGAGAGGAUUCAGUAAAAGAUAGUGAGGACACCAAGAGGAUAGAAAAAAGACAUAGAGAUGCUAGCUCAAAACAUGCUUCUUCCGCGAAGGACUCAUGCAGAUCAGCUGAAAAUGUAGCAUCAGAACAGAAAAUUCGUGGUAUAUGUUCAACUGGCACUGACAGUGGUUUAGCCAAGGAUGAUUUGAUCGAUAGCAGUGUUUCACACAAUUUACCUGGAUUGAUUGAUGAUAUUAUUAGUAAAGACAAAAAUAUAUCAUACAGGGAACUCUGUGAUGCUAUUCAUCAGCAUUUAAGGGAUUCAAGGAAACCUAGUGGGGGAGAUUGUGCGUAUCCCAGCUAUUUGCAUGCCAUCAAUGAUUGUCUUAGGAAGAGGAGGGAGUGGGCUUACCUUGUUGAUCAGGCUUCAAAGAUGAAUUCAAAUAAGCGGCGGAAAGGGGAAAACAACUCUUUGUUGGCUGACGUACUAGAAGUAGAGAACGCGAGGAAUGGGCCUGAAAGGGAUUCAGAGGGGAGUGCUGAUUUGCAUCAGGAAGACCUUCCUAGGGGCAAACGGAAGUCUCGGAAACGUAGGCGACUUGAGCUCAAAGGUAGGAGAGUCAGGGAUACGAGAAAGAGAUCAAGCAUUGGUUCAUCCUCAGAAGAUGCUGCUGCCACCUUGUCUGAUUCCAGUAAUGAUAAAAAUGAUACCCCCAUGGCUGACGUGAACCGAGAAGAUAAUUCUGUUGCUCAGGAAACUGGUGGUAACAUAGAAGCUAAGAGUGCAGAUUCAAGUUCAUAGUAUGUUGAAUGAUGCAGCGAUGCUUGUGAAUACAUACAUAUGAAUGGGACUGAGUCCUUUGGGGGAUUUUCUUUAUGGUCAAUGGACAAUGGUUGAUUGAUUCUUUUGUCCAACAGAAAGAAAAGUGGGAACUGCAGCCUGCAUCACUAUUCCUCCAACAAUUCUGUUAUGUGCAGCAGUACCGUAUGUAUUGCUAGUCAAGAUUUGUAGCCUAAUGCCAAAUUGCCAAUAGGACAGAAUUAGUUGUCUGGGAUACUAAUCUUACUAACAGUGGUCACUCAUGUCGUUUUGCUUAGUUAGUGUAUGUAAAAAAUUGAGUAGACACUUCUGCUUCCGAGUCUGAUAAAAUGUUACUCCCUGCAGACAGCAGAAUAUAGCUAAUUGCAAUUUGCAAGUUAGUUUGGCUGUCCGAAACAUCAAGUAAUUCUAGUAGAUUGAAAUAGUUGUGGUC